AUGGCACAACACCGCCCUGGCCCCUCCAGUCGGGCUAAUUCAUCGGGCCUGGCAGACGCAUUGGACAUAAUCAAAAAUGAGUUCGAGAUGCUCAGUGCCGAAGUAGUUGUGGCCAGACGGGAAAGGGAUGAAUGCGAAGCCACACUUAACUCGCAAGUAGACGAACUCAAUCUCAUUCGCCAGGCCCUCUAUGACCUUGAAACACAACAUGGCAAGCUGCGACACCAGUAUGAAGAAGACCUUGCACGACUAAAAGGAGAACUACAUGUCGUUCGACAAGCGAUUCCUCAUGGUCAUCAUGGGGAACCGCUGCCCCCCUCCGAUCAUCGAGCUUGGCGUUCACGAGAUAGAGAGAGAGAGCGAGACAGAGAACGAGAACGAGACCCCAAGCGAAUGAAAUUAGAUCAUCGACGCAGUCAUGGUGGACCUGGACCUACACUCAACAUCCCUCCUACUACACCGAUUCCGGUUCCAGUUCUUCCUCCCCCUCCUGCUGUCUUUCUUGAUGAUCUUGACAUCACAACCCUCCCUCCACACCUCAAGAAAGAGGCUACCAACGACUGGACGGUGGUCUGGAACCCUAGUAUCAAGCCGAAACGCAUCUCAGACAUAUCACUCAUGCACACAUUCAUGCACGAAUCCGUUGUCUGCUGCGUACGCUUCUCGCGCGAUGGGCGAUUCCUGGCAACCGGUUGUAAUCGUACCGCACAAGUCUUUGACACCCGAACAGGCGCCAAAGUGUGCUCGUUGUUGGACCCAUCCGUUCCGAAGGGCGGUGACCUUUACAUCCGGAGUGUCUGCUUCUCUCCAGAUGGUGUUUUACUCGCGACAGGAGCGGAAGAUGCUCAGAUUAGAGUUUGGGACAUCGCUAAGAAGCGAAUCGUCGCAGUUCUUUCCGGACACCAGCAGGAGAUCUAUGCUUUAGAUUUCUCUAUCGACGGCCGUUUCGUAGUUUCAGGUUCGGGGGACAAAACUGUCCGGAUUUGGAAUAUGACUGGAGUGUCGACAUCCACUCCAGCUAUAGGGACCCCUGGCACCCAUCCUAUCCAUUGUCAAGUCCUUACCAUCAAGGAUAACGUUAACCCGACAAGCUCAACUCCUGCUCCGACUCCGAUGCAAACAAUCCCCGCACAACGAACCUCGCCUGGCCCUACUCCUGACAGUGGUAUCACGUCAGUCGCAAUAUCCCCAUCAGGGACACGGGUUGCAGCUGGUGCUCUCGAUGCACUUGUCCGCGUUUGGGAUGUCCGCACUGGCCAACUGAUCAGACGACUGCGUGGUCAUGGGGACAGCGUGUAUAGCGUUGCCUUCAUUCCUUCAGCGGAUGGAAGUGCAUCACACAGAGGUGGAAUGACUUUGCUCAGCGGCGGGUUGGACAAGACCGUGAGGGGUUGGGAUUUGGCGCUACCCAUGCCUGUCACGGUUAGUCCUGUGGUUCAUGGCUGGAAAGAGCCCGGUCCAUCAAAAAACGACGCCAUACCCAGCCCGGCUGUCAAGAGGGACCGUCCAGGAAGCAAGGAUGGUCCUGUCGAUGAAGAUAUCGACGGUGGCCGUAUGAUGAUGACGUUCAUGGGCCACAAGGAUUACGUACUUUCGGUCGCAGUGUCCCAUGAUGGCGAAUGGGUUGUGUCGGGUUCCAAAGAUCGAGGUGUCCAAUUUUGGGAUGCGAAAACUGGCGUUGUUCAGUGCAUGUUGCAGGGUCACAAAAAUUCGGUCAUAUCCAUUGACCUUAGUCCUUCCAGCAAUCUUCUUGCGACCGGCAGUGGGGACUGGCACACGAGGAUAUGGAGCUACGACGUUGCUUCCGUCUAA